AUGGCGUCUCCUGCAGAAUCCUCAACAACGACAAGCGUCGAGGCCUCUGUCGGCUCAGUAUCUCGACGCAAUGCCUCCACAGACGGCAAAGCAGAUCUAACCUCAGUGGAGCCUCCCAAUGGGACUACCAAGGAACGGCUGUCCAAGACGCUGCAGAAGAAGUAUCGCCAUGUCGCGGCAGUGCAUUCUCAGACGAGGCCGUCGUGCUUGAGCCACGAUUCUACUGCGGCGCCCAGCUUUCUGGGAUUCCGCAAUCUCAUGGUCAUUGUGCUGGUGGUUGGCAAUCUCAGAUUGAUGAUUGAGAAUAUCCAAAAGUACGGCGUCUUGAUUUGUAUUAGAUGUCACGACUAUAGGCGGCAAGACUUGCUCCUUGGUCUUUUACUCUACUUUCUCAUUCCUUGUCACCUCUUUGCAGCAUACGUCAUUGAGCUCGUUGCCGCCAAGCAGGCCGAGGGAUCAAGAAAACGAAUCAAGGACAACAGCUCCGGUCCGUCAGAAGCAGAGCGGAAGAAGUUUCACUCCAUCUGGGUUCUCGCGGCGCUGGCUCAUGGCAUCAACAUCACUCUUGCUCUCGCCAUCACCACCGUUAUGGUCUACUUUUAUGUCUACCACCCAUUGAUUGGCACGUUGACGGAGAUGCAUGCCAUUGUUGUGUGGCUCAAGACGGCCUCGUAUGCAUUUACCAAUCGAGAUCUCCGCCAUGCCUAUUUGCAUCCGGUGGAAGGAGAAGAAGUGCCCGACUUAUACAAGACAUGCCCAUACCCGCAAAAUGUGACAAUGAAGAACUUGGUCUACUUCUGGUGGGCUCCAACUCUGGUAUACCAGCCCGUCUAUCCGCGCACCGACAAGAUUCGAUGGGUCUUUGUGGCCAAGCGACUUGGAGAGAUUUUCUGCCUUGGCGUGUUCAUCUGGGUAGCCAGCGCUCAGUAUGCGACCCCUGUGUUGCGCAACUCUUUAGACAAAAUUGCAUCGCUCGACUUAUUCUCCAUCUUGGAACGACUUAUGAAGCUCUCAACCAUCUCUCUGGUUAUCUGGCUGGCGGGAUUCUUUGCCCUCUUCCAGUCCUUCUUGAACGCUCUGGCAGAGAUUACGCGAUUUGGCGAUAGAUCAUUUUACGACGACUGGUGGAAUAGCGAAAGCUUGGGUGCUUAUUGGAGGACUUGGAACAAGCCUGUCUACACAUAUUUCAAGCGUCAUGUCUAUAUGCCCAUGAUUGGACGAGGCUGGAGCCCUGCCGCUGCCAGUUUUGCUGUCUUCUUCGUUUCGGCCGUGCUUCAUGAGAUUGCUGUUGGUGUGCCAACUCACAACAUCAUUGGUGUCGCUUUCUUUGGCAUGUUCCUUCAGCUUCCUCUUAUUGCCAUUACCACUCCUCUCGAGAAAAUGAAACUCGGCCACGGUGGCCGCAUUCUGGGAAACGUCAUCUUCUGGGUCUCAUUCACAAUCUUUGGGCAGCCAUUCGCCGCUCUCAUGUAUUUUUACGCCUGGCAGGCCAAGUAUGGCAGUGUGAGCAAGAUGCCCCAAAUGACACAUCACUAG